UAUCGGCCUACUUUCACGGUGAAUAUCGGCUCUUCGUUAGAUUGAGCAAAACAAAAUUUUGGUCUUAUCGCGAAAAUGGAAGUGAGUGUGGAAAAAAUGCAAAUCAGCGAGGAGGGUGUGAAUAAUGAGGAAAAUAGUGAGAAAGUUGAUGCUGAGGAUGGUACUGAGGAGGUAGAGACCAAGGAGGAGAGCAAAAAUAAGCGGAAGAAGAAGAAAAAGGCCAAUAAGAAGGCAGCAGAAGACGCCGAAGCUUCUGCCGCGGCUGAAGGUGCCAAAGAGAAGGAAGAUGGAGAAGAAGAAAGCACCGCAGCGGGAGAUGGUGAGAAGAAGAAGAAAAAGAAGAACAAAAGUAAGAAAGGUGGUGCCAAUGGACAAACAGAUCCACCAAGUGUGCCGAUUGCCAAGCUCUUCCUCGACGGAAACUUUCCGGAAGGCGAGAUUAUGCAUCAUCCAACGCUAGUGGAUGAUCGUACAGCCAAGGAUAGAUUCACAAAUGAAGAGAAGCGUGCCCUGGAUCGUUUACAUUUGGACAUCUACAAUGAUUUGCGACACGCCGCCGAGGCGCACCGGCAGACGCGUCAGCAUAUUCAGCGUUGGAUUAAGCCCGGCAUGACAAUGAUUGAGAUCUGCGAGGAGUUGGAGACAACUGCUCGUCGCCUUAUAGGCGAGAAUGGUCUCGAGGCAGGAUUAGCAUUUCCCACGGGAUGCUCCCUCAAUCACUGCGCAGCUCACUACACCCCAAAUGCGGGGGAUACAACGGUGCUCCAAUACGAUGAUGUGUGCAAAAUUGACUUUGGUACCCACAUCCGUGGAAGGAUCAUCGAUUGCGCCUUCACUUUGACUUUCAACGAUAAAUACGACAAACUCAAAGAAGCUGUCCGAGAGGCCACAAAUACAGGCAUCCGCGAGGCAGGAAUUGACGUUAGGUUGUGCGAUAUUGGCGCUGCCAUUCAGGAAGUUAUGGAAUCGUACGAAAUUGAGCUGGACGGAAAGACCUACCAGGUGAAGAGCAUCCGGAACCUCAAUGGGCACUCAAUUGGACCCUAUCGCAUUCACUCCGGCAAGACCGUGCCCAUCGUCAAGGGAGGCGAAACAACACGCAUGGAGGAGAAUGAAUUCUAUGCCAUUGAGACAUUCGGUUCAACGGGACGUGGUCAGGUGCACGAUGAUAUGGAUUGCAGUCACUACAUGAAGAACUUCGAGGCUCCAUAUGUGCCGCUACGUCUCCAGUCAUCAAAGGUGCUUCUAAACAUCAUCAAUAAAAACUUCAGCACAUUGGCUUUCUGCAAGCGCUGGCUGGAUCGUGCUGGAGCCACAAAGUAUCAGAUGGCACUCAAGGAUCUUUGCGAUAAGGGUGUUGUGGAACCAUAUCCACCACUAUGUGACGUCAAGGGUUGCUAUACUGCUCAGUACGAGCAUACAAUUAUGUUGCGCCCAUCUUGCAAGGAGAUCGUCUCUCGCGGCGAAGACUACUGAUGCACCCUCACAGGUAACCUUCCCCCUCAUUGAUUUGUUUUCAUUUUUCCUGCCACAAGAAUCAUGCCGCGAUUCCAGACUCCACUGAGUCCCCUCCUUUUGUAUGGCAUUGCGUGCGAGCGUGGGCGUGUAAAGUUUUAUUCUAAUAUACAGAAAUGAUGAGAUGAAACAAUAAAGAACUUACCUAGAAA